AUGCACAUCGGCAGCCUGUCAAGGAUUUCGAGGAUCGAGGACGGGGAUCUCAGCAAAAUGAAAAACCAGGGCAGCAGAAUCGGGCAAAGCUUUUGCUUGGCCCCGACUGUGGCCGAAUCGGAUGUCGAGUACUGCCCGCCUAGUCGCCUCUGCCUUGACGCAUCACAAAAAAAAGCUGGGGCGGCCCAGCCAGCACAUCGAGGCGGAAAACCAGGGGUCGUUAGCGAGGCUGGGAUUGGGCGGCAGCGCUGGUGGGGCGCUUGGGACAGCGCCCUUCGGCAGGCCCUGUUGGGUGCUAGCGGCAUGGGAGACGCCACGCGCACUGAGGCUGGUGCGGGCGCUGAUUGGGCAUGGUUUGUGCAGUUGUGUGCGUUCGUUCGUGCUUCUCCCAGCCCGGGCCUGUGGGUGUGGGUGCCAUCGAACGGAUGGAUCUCGAACAAGCGGAGGCUCCAAAGCAUUUUGAUCUUCGACUCGCCAUCAAACAGCCACGCCUUCCACACCCUAUCGCGGCGACCCAGGCCAUCCAGCAUCAUCGCCGCCGACGUCUCGACCGACACCGCGCUGCUGGCUUUUGGCACCCUGCACCACGAUUUUUGA